GCUGGGGAGUAUACAUGCGAGUGCAAACAGUGGGAACAUACAGGUCUAUUGUGUGUUCAUCUUUUAAGAGCCUUCAUGCAUCUUCAAGUUGAAAAGAUACCUUCAAAGUAUAUAUUGCAAAGGUACACUGUCUCAUCAAGAAAAGAUGUACUGUUUGAAAGAAUUGAUAAGAGCUUCAGGGGAAAGGAUGGAGUUACUAAAUCAUACAGACAGACAAUGUUGUUAACGAAAACAAUGAAAGUAGUUCGCCAGGCGUGUAUGUCAAAAGCAGGGUACGACAAGGCGAUGGAUGUGUUGGAUGAGCUCGAUGGCGUUCUAUGCCGAUUAGAGCCAGAUAUUGGAUGUAAUGAGUCAUGUGAUGUUAGUGAUGAUGAGGAAGACAAGGUAAUAAUAUUCCAGUUGUUUAAAUGUUAUACCAUUUGUAACAUAUAUUAUGCAUAGUAACAUGUUAUUUGUACCAGGAAGGAGAAUUGAACAAAAAUAAUGCUGGCGAUGAGAUGGAAGAUGACAAUACAAUUACAUGCCAUAAAAUGGAUGAGCAUAACACCAUGACUGGAUGUGAACAUGCGUUAACAUUAAUAACAGCUGGUAACCAGGAGGACAACAUGAGAAUUCCACCUGAGGUUGGUGAUACAAGUUCUCCGUGUCACGUAGCACAGGAACAAAUGGAACAUAUUGCUGCAUCCUCAGAAGCUAAAAAGAGGUUGAAUUUUAAUGUGGAUGUUAUAAAUCUGAGUAUGCCGGAUCGUGCAAGACCAAAAGGACGGACAAUAAAAAAUUCAGAAGAUAGGAUUAUGAGACUAGGUGCGAAAGGAGAAAAAAAGAAGAAUAGGAGAUGCCAAUUGUGUGGUAUAGCAGAUGGACAUAACAGUAGAACGUGUCUGUCUGUGGAAGAGAACAGGGCAAGACUAGCAAAACUGGCUAAUCGAAAGAGAGGACGACCAGCCGGAUCAAGACUAAACAAUAAAACAACAGCUCCAUAGUGGAAUGAAACAUCGACUGCUAAAAAACAUCGUAUUGAUGAAGAAGUGGAAAAUGAAGAAGCCGAUGAGCAUAUGGAAUUGGGCGAAUAAUUUGAAGUGUGACUAAAGAGUGGUCGAUGUAGUAGAAACUUGUAAUAGCACAAUGACCUAUGUUUUAGUUUUUUGGAAAUUAAUAGUUUGCAUGACUGGGUUAUAUAAUGCGUUGAUAUAAAACUAUAAAAUGUUGCGUAAAA